AUGAAAAUGUUGUCGUCCAUUUUUAAUACGAAUAAAGUAUGUGCUGCCAAGUCAGAAACUGUUACAAUGACUGAUAUCAAAUUAAAGGCAUUGGAAGAAAAAAUCAUGGAGAAAGUGACUGUUCCAGGCACGAAGACUAACCAAAUGGUUAAUAAUGAAAUAAAUGAAUGGCAUUUUCACAAUCCAAACGCAUCAAAAAUCAAGACGCCCACUUUAUUGAUUCAUGGUUAUGCGGCUUCAUCAAUGGCUUUUCACCGGACUUUCAAUAGAUUAUCUACAGAUAUUAAAGAUCUUUAUGCCAUAGAUCUUCCUGGUAACGGUCUCUCUUCUGCACCAGAAUUAUCAGAUGUGAUAAAAAUGAAAGAUCUCAAGAUAACAUUAAACAAAUCAAAAGAUGGCUUUACCUUAAAGAAGGCUAUCGAUUUAGAGAUUGAAAAAGCCAAUCUUGCUAAAUAUGAGAAUUACUACCUUUCUAGAAUAGAUGAAUGGCGCAAGUUUCAUGGGAUUGAGAAAUUAAAUGUUAUAGGACAUUCGUUCGGCGGAUUCAUAUCUUUUAAAUAUGCUAUCACUCAUCCAAACCAAGUCAACGACCUAAUUUUAGUGUCGCCACUUGGUAUGGAGAAAAACAUCCAUUCUUUAAAUAACAAUUUUGAGUUGGAAACGAAAUAUACUCUAGAUUUUGAAAAUCCAGCUUCUCUUUAUUAUGCCCGUUCAUUCAAUGUUCCAAGUAUUCUUUUCAACAAUCAAUUGAAUAUCUUAAGAUGGAUGGGGCCUUUGGGAGGUAGAAUGGCUAGACAGUACAUAGACAUGGCUUACAAGAAAGUGCCCGAUGUGGCAUACAAAAAUUAUCUAUAUUACGUUUUCUAUGACGGUAAAUCAUUUCCUAAAGUGACAAUAAACAAUUUUACAAAUAUGUUUUCUAAAAAUUUACUUGCUAGAGACCCUAUAAUGGAUAAUCUACUCAAAUUACGGGCUAAAAAAGUCAUGCUUGUGUAUGGUGAACAUGAUUGGAUGGAUAAAUAUGCAGGCUACAACAUGGUUGAAUUAUUAUCCAAGAGCAAUUACAAAUUAAAGGAUACAGUCCACUACGUGGAAAUUCCUGACGCUGGUCACAAUUUAUUCCUAGAUAACCCCACAGAUUUCAGUGAAAAUGUGGUUUCGUUCCUAGCUGAGUAA